AUGCCUAACAAAGUAUUUAACGUGGCAGUCUUCUUUGUCGUGUUCAGAGAAUGUUUGGAAGCUGUUGUUAUCGUUUCCAUUCUAUUGUCUUUCCUGAAGCAAGCAAUUGGUUCCAAAGAUAUUAAAUUAUAUCGCAAAUUGCGUAAGCAUGUUUGGAUUGGUGUCGCACUCGGGUUCUUUAUCUGUUUAGUGAUUGGUGCUGGUUUCAUUGGUGCCUACUACUCUUUACAGAAAGAUAUCUUUGGUUCUACAGAAGAUUUAUGGGAAGGUAUUUUCUGUAUGAUUGCUACUACUAUGAUCAGUAUGAUGGGUAUUCCAAUGUUGCGUAUUAACAAGUUGCAAAGUAAAUGGCGUGUGAAGCUUGCUCGUUCACUUGUUGAUAUUCCAAAGAGAAAGCGUGAUUACUUCAGGAUUGGUUAUUUGACUAGACGUUAUGCGAUGUUCAUCUUACCUUUCAUCACUGUUUUAAGAGAAGGUUUGGAAGCUGUCGUUUUUGUCGCUGGUGCCGGUAUUACCACGAAGGGUUCUCACGCAUCCGCUUAUCCUUUACCAGUCGUUGUUGGUCUAAUUGCUGGUUUUAUAGUUGGAUUCCUAUUAUAUUACGGUACUUCAAAGUCUUCCAUGCAAAUCUUUUUAGUUAUUUCUACCUCCAUUCUUUACUUAAUUGCAGCCGGUUUGUUCUCAAGAGGUGCUUGGUACUUCGAAAACUACAGAUUCAACAAGGCAACGGGUGGUGAUGCUUCUGAAGGUGGUGACGGUAAUGGUUCCUAUAAUAUCGCUAAAUCAGUUUACCAUGUUAACUGUUGUAAUCCUGAACUGGACAACGGUUGGGAUAUUUUCAACGCUUUGUUGGGAUGGCAAAAUACUGGUUAUCUGUCCAGUAUUCUUUGUUACAAUAUUUACUGGGUUGUUCUAAUUAUUGUCUUAGGUUUGAUGAUGCACGAAGAAAGAUAUGGCCACUUACCAUUUAUGAGAAACGUUGGUAUGAGACACUUAAACCCAGGUUAUUGGAUAAAGAACAAGAAGAAGGACGAAUUGACUGAUGAACAAAAGGCUGAGCUGCUAAACCGUAUGGACAACAUUCAAUUCAAUGAAGAAGGUGAUAUUGUCGCUCAUGCUAACGAAGAAGAACACGACCAGGAGAGUUCUUUGUUGAGAGGCAACUCUAACAAGAUGGGAUCCAAGGAAGAAUUGAACUUCAAGGUUACCACUACCAGUUCCGACUAA